AUGGCUCCUUCCGAGCACCCUCGAGCCUCGGCUCUGUCUGACGGCCGCGCGGCUGGCCAGCCUGCCUCGCGUCCCAUCUCUGCCGCGCGCUCUCUGGCGAGCUCCAGCUCGGCGAAUGCCGGGCCAUUGCUGAAGCGCAGGGUGGACAGUAAUGACUCUUCGUCGACGUCGCUGCUCGCUCCUCGGAACAAGCGCCCCGGCUCUGCCAGGGCCUCGACGGCGACGCGACCCGUCACCGGCAACAGCGCGCGUCCCACAACGGCCCGGCCCACCACCGCUGCCUCCACACUCGGCGGCCUGCCGGCCAAUGCGUGGAUCUGCGCCGUGCUGGAGAACAGAGGCACCGGCAGAGAGGUCGGCAUCGCCAUGAUGGAGAAGGAGACUGGGCACUGCAUCCUGACCCAGGCAAGCUUGUCGCUCACAACCUACGUGAAGACAGUGCAUCAUCUCACCUUGCACUCGCCCGCGGCGAUCCUGGCACCGGCCACCGCCGUCUCGUCGAUCGACAAGCCUGACCCGCAGCAGCGCGGCAAGGCACACGAGAGCUCCGUGCUGGUGCGCACGCUCGAGGACAGCUUCAGCCUCGACGUCGUGCCGAUCAAUCGCAGAGACUGGGAUUCGGAGGAAGGCGGUGCCCACGCCGGACGCUCGGAGAUUCACGGCGAGGCGACGACCCGGAGCGCGAUCCUGACCGCCAUCGGCGACCGCUACUACGCUCUUAGCGCCGCCUGUGCCCUCUUCAAGUAUCUCGAGCGCAUCAACAACCGCGCAUUCGCCUCGCGCUCGCUGCGCAUUCGUUAUGCGGCGCCCGAAGGCACCAUCCUAAUCAACACCGAGUGUGCGCGCAACCUCGAGCUCGUGUCCAAUUCGAUCGAGCGCAAGUCGAAGAACUCGCUACUCGGAGUGCUCGAUCACACCCGCACGCCCAUGGCGGCGCGUCUGCUCACAAUGAACCUGCUGGCGCCAAUGACGGACCAGAGCGCCAUCCAGUCCCGCCUCGACGCCAUUACGGAGAUCGUCGGCGAAGAGGAGCGCUCCUUCGCGCUGCGGGAGAGCAUGGCGCCGCUCGGCAACUCCAAGGUCGAUCUCGACAAGCUCAUCAACCAGCUCCUGGCGCCUGAGCCGCGUGUUGGCGCCGGCGAGCCGUCCCGCACGGAGAACAAGAUCGGCCAGCUGCUGAGUCUCGACAGCACGCUGAAGAGCCUUGGCCCUGUGCGCGCUGCCCUGAGCGGCGCACGCUCUGGCCUGCUUAGAGCUAUCCGCGCAUUCAUCUCGGGCAACUCGCAGCUCGACGAGAUCAUGGACCUGUGCGCGGACAGCAUCAACCCUGACCUCUUCUUGAGCGGCGGCAGCAAGUCGCUCAGCUCGCGCAAUGCGCGCCUGUAUGCGAUCAAGGCGGCACACUCUCCGCUGCUGGACGUCGCGCGCGAGACGUACAAGGAGAACAUGGGCGACAUACACGACCUGGCGCGCAGGUACUCAGAGAGCUACAAGCUCGACGUGAGCCUUAAGUCUGCGGCGACUGGAUUCUCUCUGUCAGGCGCCGAGAGCAUCGCCCAGCGGGACCUCCCCUCCGAGUUUACCAACGUGUUGCCGACCAAGAACGGCAAGUCGUUGACGUUCUCCUCGCUUCCUCUGAAAAAGUGCAAUCAGAGACUCAACGACUCGCUCAACGAGGUCUUGCUGCUGUCUGCUGGGCUCGUCGAGGAUCUAAGGGAGCAGAUCGUGAUGCGCGUCGCUGGUCUGUACAAGGCCUCCGAAGCGGUCGCGCUUCUGGACAUGCUCGUGUCGCUGGCGCACAAUGUUCAGCCGCAUCGGCUCGUCCGUCCCGAGUUCACUGGCGCACUGGCCAUCAAAGGCGGCCGGCAUCCCAUCCUCGACGUCAAGAUCCGCGGCGGCGCGGUGCCGAACGAUGCAUACGUCGCAGGCGGCCAGUCCUUCUUCCUCAUCACGGGUCCCAAUCAUUCGGGGAAGACAACGUAUCUGCGUCAGAUUGCCAUGCUGCAGAUCAUGGCUAGCAUUGGCUCCUUCGUGCCCGCCGACUACGCGUCCUUCAUUCCGGAUCUCGAAUGCAUCCUCACGCGACUGUCGAACGACGACGACCAGGAGGCGAACCUAAGCACCUUCGCCAACGAGAUGCGCGCGGCCUCGUUCGUCCUGUCGCUCGCCAGCAAGCGCAGUCUUGUCUUGAUCGACGAGCUAGGCCGCGGCACCUCGCCGCAAGACGGCAUCGGCAUCGCCCAGGCCAUCAGCGAGGAGCUCAUCGCGAUCGAGGCGCCGACCUUCUUCGCCACGCACUUCCAGGCGCUGCCAACGACGCUGGCCCAUCUGCCGGGCGUCUCGUCGCAGCACCUCGCGGUUGGCUACGACUCGAAGGUCCGGGACGACUUCAAUCUCGUCUUCCACCACCGCCUCACGUCGGGAGCAUGCAAGGAGCCACACUACGGCAUCGCAAUGGCGCGAUCGUGCUGCCUGCCUCCACGGCUGCUCGAGCGUGCGACAGAGAUGGCGGAGCUUCUCGAGCACGACGAGACUGCUGCUGCUGCCCGCCAACAGAGCAGCAAGGUUCUGUUGCGCCGCAACGAAGUGCUGAGGCUGCAAGCCCAGCUGUCGCAAGCAGUGCGCCACUGCACGCUGCCGGACAUGCGUCCCUUCCUGUUCAGCAUCCAGGCGAGUCGCACGACUGCAUCGCGGUGCGCACGUCUGACGCGUGACUCGCAGCGAGACUUCGUGUCCGCCAUGACUGCUGCGUAUGCAGAGGAUGAGGAGAUGGCCGACGGCCAGGACGCAUCUGCACGCCUCGCACGCGAGCACGAAGCAGCGCAGGUCACCGACGACGCAUACGUCUCCGAGAGCAUUGUGGACGAUGGGCACGUCUCAGAGAGCAUCGUCGAGGACGACUCGCAGGAGCACUCUGACGCGAUCGACGACGACUAA